UGCUCCAGAUCUGCCUCCUGGGCGCUAGUUUAAAAAUAAAGGAUAUUACACAUCAUCCUCCUCCUUCUCUUCCUCCUCCUCGGCGCCGGUGCGGAGCGGCUGGACAAAGGCGAUGCGGGGGACGAUGCUGUGUGAGUCAGAGGCACGGGUGGCACCGGCAGAACCGGUCCCUGUGGCUUAUUGUGGCUUGGAUCCUGCAGGGGACUGCGAGGUGUCGCUGGACGAUGUGCGGCUCAACUCUCCAACUAGAGCUGAGGCCCGCAGCCCUGAGCCAGCUGAAGACAGGAAGGGAGAUGGACAUCGGACAGACACUCUGGGUUUCAAAGGAACCUCUUCGCCUUCUGCCUCCAGCGUCUGGACCACGCGCCGGGAUGGGGAGGUCAGGCUGAGGAUGGAGGAGCAGGGUCCAGGCAGCGAGGUGCCCAAGACAGUUCAUGAACUGUUCAGGGAAGCUGUCAGUAAAUAUGGAGAUUAUUAUGCCCUGGCAUCCAAAAAGAACGGCCACUGGAUAAAACUAACGUACAAGAUGUACUAUGAGGAGUGCUGGAAAGCAGCAAAAAGCUUCCUGAAGCUGGGGCUGGAGCGUUUCCAUGGAGUCUGCAUCUUGGGAUUUAAUUCUGCAGAGUGGUUUAUUGCUGACAUUGGAGCCAUCCUCGCGGGCGGAUUUGCUGUCGGUAUCUACACUACGAACUCUCCUGAGGCCUGUCAUUAUGUAGCAGAGAACUGUAGUGCCAACGUGGUGGUUGUGGAAAACCAUAAACAGCUGCAGAAAAUCUUAGAGAUUCAGCAAAAACUACCUCAUCUGAAAGCUAUUAUCCAGUAUGGGGAAGAGCUGAAAGAGAAGAGGCCAAAUCUGUACUCUUGGAGUGAGUUCCGGGACCUUGGCAAAGAUGUUCCAGAUGCUCAGCUCCACGAAAUCAUUGCCUCUCAGAAACCCAACCAGUGCUGUACCCUAAUAUACACCUCGGGGACAACGGGGCAGCCCAAGGGAGUGAUGCUCAGUCACGACAACCUGACGUGGACGGCGGGGGCGGCCGGGAGGUUCAUCAUGCUGACAGAUGCCAAGGAGAAGCAGGAGGUGGUGGUCAGUUACCUGCCCCUCAGCCACAUCGCCGCUCAGAUGUCGGAUAUUUGGUCGGCAAUGGCAUUCGGUGCCCAGGUUUUCUUUGCUCAGCCAGACGCAUUAAAGGGCACCUUGGUGGACACCCUGCGGGAAGUGAGGCCAACUGCUUUCUUGGGAGUUCCUCGCGUCUGGGAGAAAAUGGAAGAAAAAAUGAAAUCCGUAGGAGCGAAAUCCUCAGCGCUCAGAAGAAAAGUGGCAUCGUGGGCCAAGGGAGUAGGGCUGCAGACAAACCUCAAGCGGAUGAAUGGGUACUCUGAAGUGCCCGUGAAUUUCCGCUUGGCCAGGCACCUGGUCUACAAGAAGGUGCGAAAGGCCAUUGGGCUGGACCGAUGCACCAAGUGCUACACGGGGGCUGCUCCCAUCACCAGGGAGACUCUGGAGUUUUUUUUAAGCUUGAACAUUCCCGUGCUGGAGCUGUAUGGCAUGAGCGAGAGCUCGGGGCCUCACACAAUCUCUCUCCCUCACGCCUUCAAGCUUAGCAGCUGUGGGAGGGAGAUGACAGGCUGCCGGACGCUGAUCGACAAGCCUGACAGCGACGGCAACGGGGAGAUCUGCUUCUCGGGAAGGCACAUCUUCAUGGGCUAUCUGAACAUGGAGGAGAAGACCAGGGAGGCCAUCGAUGAGGAUGGCUGGCUGCAUUCGGGGGACCUGGGCAAGCAUGACAAGGAUGGAUUCCUCUACAUCACGGGCAGAAUUAAAGAGCUCAUCAUCACUGCGGGAGGUGAGAACGUUCCUCCUGUUCCCAUCGAGGACGCUGUGAAAGAUGCCGUCCCCAUCAUCAGCAACGCAAUGUUGGUGGGAGACAAAGCAAAGUUCCUUGCCAUGCUUCUAACACUAAAGUGCACCAUGGACACAGAGACGGGGGAGCCGGGGGAUGACCUGACCCCGGAGGCCGUUGAGUUCUGCCAGAAGCUGGGCAGCAAGGCCACCACGGCCUCCGAAAUCAUCCGCACCAAAGACAAGGCCGUCUACGCCGCCAUCCAGAAGGGCAUCUCGGCCGUCAACGAGCGAGCCGUCUCCAACGCUCAGAGAGUCCAGAAGUGGGCCCUCCUGGAGAAGGACUUCUCUCUCUUCGGUGGGGAGCUCGGCCCCACCAUGAAGCUGAAGCGCCCGGUGGUGGUGCAGAAGUACAAGGACCAAAUUGCUCAGUUUUACGCGGACGUGGAUGCGCCCGCGACAGCGAACACCCUCCGGCAGUAGCGCGGGGGCUCCCUGCUGAAGACUGAAGCCACCCUGGGGGGGGAAAACCAUCCCUGGGGGCCUGUUAAAAUAAAGGGGGCUGGGUGGUAACGGCCCAGCCCCUCUGCAUCCCAUGGCUCUACAUCCCUUGGCCCUCGUCCUGCAGCCCCCGAGCCCGUCCGUGCUGCGUCCUUCCCCGUGUCUCUGCCGAGAGAGCCCCGAACAUCUCUGCUUGGUGGUUUGGUUUGGUUGGUUUUCUUUUUUGUCUUUCCAUUUUUAGAAGGGCAAAGCCAUGUUUACUGUAAAUCCAUGUAACGUUUUAACCAAAGUUUUCUUUUCCUGAGCUGAAUGUAAAUCAAUCUGGAGCUGUUCCCCCCCUUUGCUGAGGGCAGGGGGGAGGUGGGUUUCUUUUUACGCGGCUGAUGUCUGCGGUGUUUUAAGUUCUCUUUGCCCUCCACCUGUCUCCUGUCACUGCUGCAUGACUACACAGCCCCCCGCCGUGGGGCCACGGGGCCUCACCUUUGCUGGGGGGGGGGGGGGGGAAUAUUUUGAGUCUGUUUUAUCUCUUUUGAGUUGUAAUGAAGCCAUAAAUGUGUGGUGGUAGAGUAGGGUACGCAGCCUGCGCUCUGGGAGGUGUUUUACAUGAAGGGGCAUCGAUAAGGCUGUGUGUGUGUGUGUGUGUGUGCAUGGAACCUGGCUGUAGUCUUAAAAAAUCAUAGAAAUGGGGGCUGUAGCCUCCUGAAAGGGGGAGGACUCCAGGGGGGUGGGACGGGCUCUGCACCUGCUCCGGGAGCGAAGCGACGGUGUUAGGAACCCAGUUGGUCAAAGGCUGGUUCUACUGAAGGUCUGGGAUCAGCCCUUGGAGCAACU